AUGAUCGAUACGGGAUGUGGCUGUGGGGACAUCUAUGCAUUUCUUAAGCAGCAAACUAUCAUUAAGGAGAAGAAGAUUAUUGUUGUGAACACGCACAAUCAUCCGGAGCAAACAGGUGGAAAUUUCCGCUUCUCGACUACAGGCAGGCUUGGUAUGGCACAUAUGGUAGAGGACCUUUGCGCUUCAGGACGAGAUAAAUAUUACACUCAAUUGAGGAAUAGCAAUUGGCAGUGGCAGGUACUUGAGGUUCAUUUGUAG